AGUUCUUAUGGUCUUUUCUCUUAGGAGUCAAUAGGGAUGGGGGUAACAUAUCUGCUGAAAAAACGUGUAAAGGAGAAAGGUAUGGAGACCAGGGACUGACCAAUUUGUCUCACACAAAAGCAGAGAUAUUAAGGAGGCCGGAUUUCACCCCAGGCUAGACCUCACCACCACCGCUAUCUCUUCAGUUAUUCCCCCCACCUUCCUCAUCCAGUUCUGUCCUCCAUCCCGGGCAGUAGGGUCCCUUUCUCCAUUCUCGGGGCAUCUGCCAUUCCAUCUAUCUAAGCCCAACCUCUCCCCCCAUCCAGAGUUCCAUUCAGUGGAGUCGCCUCCUUGUCCCUCCUCCUCUGAACCCCGAGACAUGCGAGACAUGCGGCCUUGUCUCGGCUCCACCUGUCUCUAAGACCGUCCCCACUCCCUGCCUCCAAGGAACCCCAGGGUUCCGCCCGCCCAGCUUCACCCCCCCCAUCUCUUUCCCGGAGUCUCCGCCCCCUGCCCCGCCCCCGGGCCGGCUCUCGGAGGAGGGGAGAGCUGCUGUCGCCGCCGCCGCCUCAGCUUCCCACAGCCGCUACCGCUGCCGCCGCUGCCGCCGCUCCGCUUGGUCCAGCCGCCAGGCCCAGUGCUCACUUCGCCAGACCAGGGCGCUCUGCGGAGACACCCUCACUCCUUCCUGGGGUCCGGGACGCCUAGCCGGGCGUGGGGGGAAGCUCCGCUUGCGGGGUAUAGGGAGGGAGGAGCCUGGAACCAGAGCCAGCGCCAGCCGUCCCCGGAUCGACAAGACAGGACAGGUUGAGGGGCGUCGGGGAAGGAAGAGGGGGUGCUAUAGGCAGUCCCGGGGAGGACAAGGAAGCCCUGUCGCAGAAAGCUCUGAUGCGCUCUGACUUAUAGCGGGUCUGUUCACAUUUGGGGACCCGUGACAACGUGGGUGCACUCCUCUCUCGGGGGGCUGGUUGGAUUGGAGGGCGUGGGAUCUAAACAGCACCAGCUGUCCCCGAGGAAAUUAGGGGCUGCCAGAAAAAAACAAAAAAGCCAAAAACCUAUGCUCCUUAUUCCGAGGUGACAGAGGGCCCUCCAGACAACCACCUGGUGUAACCACUAGGAAGGGCGGAUUUGGAGGUGACUUCAAAAGGAGUGGAGGGUAACAAGCGCGCUCCGGGAGCCUGCCGGUUUUGGGGUGUCUCCUCCCGGGGCGCCAUGGCGGCACCGGCCAGCAGCCUGAUCCGGCAGAAGCGGGAGGUCCGCGAGCCCGGGGGCAGCCGGCCCGUGUCAGCGCAGCGGCGCGUGUGUCCCCGCGGCACCAAGUCCCUUUGCCAGAAGCAGCACCUCAUCCUGCUGUCCAAGGUGCGACUGUGCGGGGGGCGGCCCGCGCGGCCGGACCGCUGCCCGGAGCCUCAGCUCAAAGGCAUCGUCACCAAACUGUUCUGCUGCCAGGGUUUCUACCUCCAGGCGAAUCCCGACGGGAGUAUCCAGGGCACCCCAGAGGACACCAGCUCUUUCACCCACUUCAACCUGAUCCCUGUGGGGCUCCGUGUAGUCACCAUCCAGAGUGCCAAGCUGGGUCACUACAUGGCCAUGAACGCUGAGGGGCUGCUCUACAGCUCGCCACAUUUCACAGCUGAGUGUCGCUUUAAGGAGUGCGUCUCUGAGAAUUACUAUGUCCUGUACGCCUCUGCUCUCUAUCGCCAGCGUCGUUCUGGCCGGUCCUGGUACCUGGGCCUGGACAAGGAGGGCCGAGUCAUGAAGGGAAAUCGAGUCAAGAAGACCAAGGCAGCCGCCCACUUUGUGCCCAAGCUCCUGGAGGUGGCUGGGUACCGGGAGCCUUCUCUCCACAGUGUCCCUGAGACCUCCCCUUCCAGGCCCCCUGCCCCCUGCCAUGCAGUCCCCGGACUGGAGGCUCCCUACCCUCGCCACCACCACAGCCUGUCUCCCAGCCCUGCUUCUGGCCCUGCUCUCACCCCUGCUGCCACGCUCAUGCCCUGAGCAGCCAGGUCCCACCAGGUGCUCUACCCAGAGGGAGCCUAGGGGCCGGCCGUGACUUCCGGGGCUGCUGAGACCCUCAGAUCCUUGGGCCCGGGAAAGGGGUCAGAGAGGGGGGAUGUCUGAAAAUGGUCCUGGCUGAUCACUUCUUUCCUUCCACACUCACACCCUCCAAAGCCUUUUCCCGAGAUGGCGCGGGGAGUUCCAAAACUGACAAAACCAGGGCAUAAAUCUUCCGCACCCCGGGCUCAGGCAGUUCCUGGAGCCCUUUGCCCUUUUCAUGGCCACCAAGCCAUAGAUUUAUAGGUCCACUGGAGCUCAGGAUUAGUUUCCUUCUUUCCCUACUCCACCUUUUGCCUUGUUCCAGACAGAUUCUGGAACACCAGGCACCCCAGCCAGGGCCAUUUCUGCACUCAGGGUCUGUGCUGGAACACAGGCAUGCUGCCAGGCUCUGUUCUGGAUCCAUCAGGCUUCUGUCCUUCACCCAGAUGGACCCCUGGUUUCCAAGUGGAGAGAGGCUGGAUUUGGGCCCUGUCCAGCUGUUGGUCUUGGCCUGAAUUGAGCCAGUCUCAGAUCACCACAGGUUUAACUUUCUUACCCCAGAGACACCCAAUUCUAGAGCGUGAUGUUCUAGACACGUACGGAGCCAUACUUCCUUCUGAAUCUCAGCUCUAGGACAUAGACCACGACUCUCAGCCCUUCCCUCUAGGAUGGAACUAGAGCCUAUAUAGCCAUGUUAUUGCUCUAGAGUAAGAGUUCUAGACCCACGCUCCCACCUUCUCUAGUGAUACCUGUUAAGCAGGAGCUCUGGAACGGACCCAGCUAUGAUUCACAAAGAACUAAGUUCUGGCUGGAUCAAGAACCACUUCUUGUUUUCCCUAGACAAUUUUCCAAAAAUCUUAUUCUUUCUAUAGAAUGCUAACCUUCUUUUUUACAUGCAGUUUCUAGCUCCUGCAACUCAGCUGGGGUCCUGCCAGGGAACAGAGGCUGAGGAAGGGCAGAGGAAUUUUGGAAGGAAUCCCUGGCUCAUGGAAGAGCAGCUAGGAUGGGGAAGGGGCCAGAACUAUGGCAUGACUGGACCUGUGCCUGGGUUGGGGGGACAUGAACACUUAGCUACCUCAGCAGGAAUUCCUUCCAGGUCCCCUUUAAAGCUGAGGUCUUUAGGGUAAUGGGUCUAGAAUAAAAAAGACAAAUGGGACAUAGCUUUGACCCCCCCCAAAUGAGGAGACCCCAAUUCAGCAAUAAGUCCCACCCUUCUCCCCUACAGGUCAGGCCAAAGAGGGUGAGGGCCUCUUGGUCUCUAGACCUCAUACACCCCUCCAGCUUCUAACUGAAUAGAACUUGCUUUACCUCAGCUGGAUGUUAGGUACCCAAAAAGGCUCUGCUCCCAGGGGACCGGUCUCCACUCCAUGCUUUCUCAAUUAAAGACGAUUUAUACAA